AUGGUAUCAAUCGGAAGAAAAGUAAAUCGAAAGAGUAGAAUGAAUAAGGUGUGGGUCGCCUUCGCCGUGUUCGGUGCAAUAUCCAUCCUGCCGGCAGCGUCGGGUCGCAUCGUUAAGCGCAGCUACUCGGAUCAAAGUGUGCGAGGCUAUCUGACGGAGCGCACCUGCUGGUGGAAUGAGGUUUGCAAGGAGGAAUUCCAGCAGCUGUUCCGAUGCCGUUGUCCUCAGUGGUCGUACUGCAGAUCACCUGGCCGGUACUACAACGCGUACUGCUCCAUGACGAACACGGGCUACAUCUGGACGCAACCAACGUGGGAUUGGGAGACGACCUAA